GAGCGACAGUUUCAGAGCAGAUGGAUUAGAAGAUGGCAACUGAGUUUCUGGCUCCGUCCUCCAUCGGAGUUCAGGGCAGGGACGAGGCCGUGCACCCGGUGCAAGCGAAUCUGCGCCAUGAAGCCUUCCACGCCCUCUGCCGGCUGCGGCGGGAGGAUGGGCAAGACAGCGAGAUCCUGGAGAGGGCCCUGAUCCUGCUGGAUACCUACUCCGUGGUUUCGAAGGCGCUUGGCAACAGCAGCCUGGUCAAGGCCGUGCAUGUUGUACAGCAGAUGCGCAAUGCCGGGUACAGCGACGAGUGGGCAGUGACGCUUUGUCGGGCGCUGUUCCGGCGCAAGGAGCGAGACCUGCGCAAAGCCUUCCGGCUCUUUGACCAGGACCGCUCUGGCUACAUCGAGGCCGCAGAGCUGCGUCAGGCCUUGCCUUUGAUGGGCGAGGAGGUGCCCGACUCGCGUAUCAAUGAGCUCUUCCAGCUGGUGGACAAGGACAAAACCGGCUUGAUCGAUUUCGAGGAGUUCAGUGCCAUGGUGAGUGGUUUGAACAGCGAGGAAGGCGAGGCAGAUGCCUUCGCCGCCUUCCGAGCGUCAGCGGAGGGCACCCUGGGUGCGGUAGGUGGAGCUGUCGGCUCCAUGGCAUCAGGUACGGGUGCCGCCCUCUCGGCCGUGUCCACGGCCUGGAGUGCCAACUUGCCCGGGCUGAGCCCCUUCGAGAUGCGGAAAGCUGGGGCCAUCCUGAACAACAUGAAGGCUGCCGGCUACAGCGAAUCCAUGGCACUGAGCCUGUGCCGCGCGCUGUUCUGUGGGCAGACAGAGAAGCAGCUACAGAAGGCUUACAAGUUCUUCGAUGCGGAUUCAAAUGGGAGGAUCGAUGUGAGUGAGCUCAAAGAAGCCAUGAAGCUGAUGGGCGAGGAGGUGAAAGAUGAGGAGAUCGACGACCUGUUUAAAGCCGUGGAUCACGAUGGGAAUGAUGCGAUCAGCUUUGAAGAGUUCUGCGUUCUUGUCAAGGCGAUCAAAGAGAAGGGGGACAAAGCAGACACCAGUGUCCUGUCUGCGGUGUCCAGUACCUGGGAGAAGCUCUCAGCAGGCUUCACGGGAGGCUACAAGUGAUGGCUCUGCGUGGGCCCGCCUGAAGGGCGAAAUGGCGAACGAGCGGUGGUUUCAACACCUUGAAAUGCGGGGGCUGGGAGGGGUCACCCCACGGGUUGCGCAUUUCUUUGUCU